ACUAUGUAUUUUUCUACCAAAACUCCUCGUUAUUCGUAAACGUACAGCAGUUUUCAAAGUGUAGCAAAUCUGAUUGAUUCCUAAUCAAGCCUUGGAAAACUCGCGCAAUUGUGUCUGUUUGUGUGUGUUUUUGUUAAGGAAAUGGAAGCGGUGACAACAAUGAGCUCCCAUGGCAGUACUAACAACAAGCCAAACAACCUGCUGGAUGAUGAAGAAGAAAAGUGGGAAAGUUGUAGUAGUAAUAGCAGCAACACUAGCAGCACUGAUCAUAACAUGAAGUUGGAUGAAGAAGAACACCAUAAAGUUGGUGUUGUUAGAGCUUUUAUUCUUUCUCAUGAUCCUUCUGCUAAGGAAGUAGAAAAUCUAAUGAUCAGACGAUUCCUAAGAGCUCGAAAUUUGAAUGUCGACAAGGCGUCUACCCUUCUUUUGAAGUACCUUAGAUGGAGACGCUCAUUUGUACCCAAUAACUACAUUUCCCCUUCAGAAAUACGCAAUGACCUUUCGCAGAAUAAGGUCUUUUUGCAAGGAGUCGACAAACAAGGUCGUCCGAUUGUUGUUACCUACGGUGCUAGGCAUAUACCAUCUAAGACUGGCACUGAUGAAUUCAAACGCUUUUCAGUCUAUUGCCUUGACAAAAUAUGUUCAAGGAUGGUCGAUGGACAAGAAAAGUUUGUUUGCAUUGCUGAUCUUGAAGGUUGGGGAUACUCUAACAGUGACAUGCGUGGAUACCAGGCAGCUCUAUCAAUCUUGCAGGAUUGUUACCCAGAGAGGUUAGGGAAGUUAUUCAUAGUCCAUGUUCCUUAUGUUUUUAUGGCUGCUUGGAAAGUUAUUUAUCCAUUUGUUGACAACACCACCAAGAAAAAGAUUGUUUUUGUGGAGAACAAGAAACUGAGGUCUACUCUGCUUGCCGACAUCGACGAAAGUCAGCUUCCAGAAAUAUAUGGAGGCAAACUACAAUUAGUCCCUAUACAAGACUGCUGAAUUCGGCAGUUUGAGUUUCUAAUAGCAUUAAUUGAGGUGAAUGAUCAGGGAAGAAGAGAUGGAUUGACCCUUGGGCCUUAUAAGGUUGUUUGUUUUGGUAAUGUAACUUAAGAUUUGUAAAUUUUUUCCAUGUCUUCUAAUAAAAUUCUGUGUUGAUUUUGAUUAAAAAUUACAGUCAAUGAGGAGUUCAACUAAUUUAGAAAGUAACUUUUACUGGUUUUAACAAUUGGAAUUUGGAACAUUUAUUUUAAAUGUUGUAGACAUAAAUGUAUUACUUCCCUUCUUCAUAAUGUCCAUAAAAAGUAGCUAAAUUCUUAGCUCAUUUGACACCGUAUUCAAAUAAUGCACGCACACGUGUAGUUAGCGGAACACAAAUUCUAAAUUCUUGUGAAAGACUAUCUGUAAUAGCUAGCCCAAAAAGGAAAAUAUAAUGUUUUUCGGUAGGCAUUAAACAUAUUGUAAAUAGGCAUUUAGAAUUAUUGUAAGUACUUAAGUACUAACUCGUUGGGCAUUCAGUACAUUAUAAGUAGGCAUUAAAGAUGUUGUAAGUAGGUAUUAAGGAUAUGAUAAGUAGGAUAGUCGACUAAAUUUCUCUGUAGCAUUAAGAAUAUUAUAAGUAGGCAUUUUAAGUACUUUUUCGUUAGACAUUAAGUAUAAUGUAAGUAGGUACUAA